AUGGAAUCCCGUAGCGAACCACCGCAAAAACGCCCCCGGGAGGAAACUCCACCGGAGAGCCCACCACAAGCAGUUGAACCUGAACCUCAACCUCAACCUCAAGCGGAACCAGAGCAAGCACCGCAAGAAGAACCGCAACCAGAAAUACCACAGGGGCAUGUUCAGGGCAUCAUCGAACCUGAUAACUUCUCAGAUGCCGACGGUGAUUCCUUAUAUGCGGGAUCACUGGGAGAUGCCAGUUAUACCACCAGUAUUACUUCAAGUGCUAUGAACUAUCAUUCUACUAACUUCGACAGCCCAAUGAUGAACAAGAACAAGAUCGUCUGGACUUGGUUGAGCCACCACAUCUAUCGGAUGAUCCUGAAAGGAGAGCUGCAUGCGGCCCCUAUCAAGAACCCCGCUCGGGUCCUGGAUAUUGGUACCGGAACUGGCAUCUGGGCCAUCGACUUUGCAGACGAACAUCCCGAAUCAGAAGUGAUCGUAGGGAACGAUCUCAGUCCUAUUCAACCGUCAUGGAUUCCUCCCAACCUCCGCUUCGAGGUGGAUGACUUCGAAGCGCCCUGGUCGUACAGCCAGCCCUUCGACUACAUCCACGGCCGUGAGUUGGAAGGCUUCAUCCGCGAUCACGACCACCUGUUCGAACAGGCCCUGGCCAAUCUGAAGCCCGGCGGAUGGAUGGAAAUUGCCUCGAUCGAAGUCAACUGCUUCUCCGACGACGACACACAUCUCAAAGCAACAUCGAUGAUGGACGGGGUCAAGCACAUGCACUUGAGUGCCAAGAAGUUCGGCAAGGAUUUCGACACUGUGAAGAAUUGGAAAACGCAGAUGGAAAACGCCGGCUUCGUCAACGUUCGCGACGACGUUUACAAGCUGCCCCAAAGCCCCUGGCCCAAAGACCCCAAGCUCAAAGAGCUCGGCCGCUACCACCAGGUCAACAUGAUCGAGGCCAUGCCGCCCUACUGCUAUGCGCUGUUUACACGGAUGCUUGGUUGGCACCGGAUCGAGAUCGAGGCGCUGGUGGCAGGGAUGCGGAGGGAAUUGCGUGAUACGUCGCUCCAUUUGUACUCGCGACUGCACAUCGUUUAUGGGCAGAGGGCGCUCUGA